UUGGAUCAAAAUCCCUGUAUACGACCCGCCACCAAUAUACACUCGCACACGCCGGCCACUCUUGGCGCCCACUUAACAGUAUCGGCAGCCGCCUGCGACGCCACCCAGCAGCCCAUCCAGCACGCACCGCGACGUCAAUCGCCUGCCACAAGCCAGCUACUUAGUCGCCGGAAAAAAAUCCAGCGAUGGCAGGAGGCAAAUUGAAGAAGGAGAAAGCUAAGCACACAAGUGCUCCUUAUCAAGGUGGCAUAACGUUCCACAAAUCAAAGGGUCAGCACAUCCUCAAAAACCCUUUACUUGUGGACUCCAUUGUCCAGAAAGCUGGAAUCAAGAGCACUGAUGUCAUUCUUGAGAUUGGUCCUGGUACUGGCAAUCUCACCAAGAAGCUUCUAGAAGCUGGCAAGAUGGUCAUCGCCGUCGAGCUCGACUCCCGUAUGGUUCAAGAGCUUGGCCGCCGCUUUCAGGGCACCCCUUUUUCGACUCGUUUGAAGAUCAUUCAAGGCGAUGUGUUGAAGACCGAUCUUCCCUAUUUUGAUAUAUGUGUGGCAAAUAUUCCUUACCAAAUUUCUUCUCCGCUCACAUUCAAGUUGUUGUUUCACCAACCUGCCUUCAGAUGUGCAAUCAUUAUGUUUCAGAAAGAGUUCGCAAUGAGACUGGUUGCACAGCCUGGUGACAAGCUGUACUGUCGGCUUUCUGUGAAUACCCAACUCUAUGCCCGAGUUUCUCACCUCCUCAAAGUUGGGAAGAAUAAUUUUCGCCCCCCACCUAAGGUUGAUUCCUCAGUAGUUCGAAUUGAACCUAGGAAACCACGUCCGCAAGUAAAUCCUAAGGAGUGGGAUGGAUUUAUACGGAUGUGUUUCAUAAGAAAGAACAAAACACUUAGCUCGAUUUUCAGGCUGAAAACCGUCCUUUCGUUGCUUGAGAAAAACUACAAGACCCUUCAGGCGCUAAAGUCCUCACAGAGUAGUUCCAUGGAGAAUCUUGAUAUUGAAUUGGAUAUAUCGAGACUGGGGGAUUUUAAGGAGGAUCAAAAAAUGGACAUGGAUGGUGGAACUGAUGAUGAAAUGGAGGUGGAGGAUGGUGAUGAUGAUGAAGGUGAUGCAGAAGGUGAAGUAUCUGGGUUCAAAGAUAAGGUUUUGGCCGUGUUGAAGGAGGGACAGUUCGAAGAGAAGAGGGCAUCUAAGCUCACUCAACAGGAGUUCUUAUAUCUACUUUCUCUGUUCAACAAGGCUGGAAUACACUUCUCUUGAUGUCAGAGAGUCAUAUAUUUCAUGUAUAUUACAAGCAUACCCAAUUUUGUUUAGCAUGCUUUCGAGUCAAGUAAGUGGUCAUCUUACUAUUUUUGUUCUUUUCAUUUUUAAAAUUAUUAUUGGCACGUUGAUCAUUUUAUUUCCGGUUGUGAUUGAACCUAUUAAACUAAUCUUUAUGAUGUGAAUCAGUCAUGUGAAAGGAGAUAUCAAUCUAUCAUUAUUUGACA